AUGGCACAGACACAACAAGAACAGGCCAACGCCGCCAAAACCAGCAAGUUCGCACAGAAGCUCGCUGCUGGUGCUAUUGCCGGUAUCACCGGUGUGCUGAUUGUCUAUCCUCUUGACAUGGUCAAGACAAGACUGCAGAAUCAAAAGAAGGAUGUCGCUGGCAAGCUGCAGUACCGAGGAGGUCUGGAUUGCUUCCGCCAGGUCAUCGCAAAGGAAGGAGCUCGCGGUCUGUACCGUGGUAUCGUUCCCAACUUGAUCGGAAUCACCCCAGAAAAAGCCAUCAAACUGGCCGUCAACGACUUUUCGCGCGAAUACUGGGCUGAGCGCACCAAUGUCUCGGAGGACAAGCUGGCGAUCCAGUAUGGAAUGUUGGCCGGUGCCACCGCCGGAUUCUGUCAGGUCAUCGCCACUAACCCUAUGGAGAUCGUCAAGAUCCAGAUGCAGGUCGCCGGCGCUCAAAAGCUCGCCCCAGGAGAACAGCGUCCUACUGCUAUGGGCAUCGUCCGCAACCUUGGACUCCGCGGACUCUACCGCGGCACCCCCGCCACCCUCAUGAGAGAUGUGCCAUUUUCGAUUCUCUUUUUCCCUCUGAACUCGUUCCUCAAGCUCCACGGCGCGGAUGAGAACGGAAAGACUUCGUUCUCUGUCAUUUUGGGAGCAGGACUUGUUGCUGGUGUCGUCGGUGCAUCCGCUGUUACCCCCGCCGAUGUGAUCAAGACAAGACUCCAGGUCGCACGCAAGCCUGGUGACCCUGUAUACCGCGGUAUUGUCGACUGCUUCCAGCAUAUCGUCAAGAACGAGGGUCCUGCUGCUCUGUUCAAGGGUGUCGUUCCAAGAUCUCUCAUCGUCGCCCCCAUGUUUGCGAUUGCAUUGGUUGUGUAUGAGCUCCAGCAGCGCAUCAUGGCCCCCGCUGCGGUUGAGUUGGGAUCCACGCACAUGACAACAAAUGCCUCCAUCAUGAUGUUAGACAAGAAAUAA